UUAAUAUAAUAAAUAUAUAAAACUAUAUUAAAACUAAAUACAUACUAUAUAAUUUAAUUAACUCAUUUUAAUAUAUACACCACUAUAUAUAAAUAAAAGUCAAGCACAAUUGAUUUAAAAAGAAUCAACAGCCCAUAAAUGGCAAGCCCAAUAGAACUUUAACAGCCUAUCUUGCAGCUUCCCCUUUUCAGAGAAUUAACGCUUUGAUAAACCCUAAUUCCUUCCCAACUUUAGAUUUGAGCUGCAAAAUGGCUGCAAGAUUCAAAGAGCUGAUUAAAAAAUACGGUAAGGUAGGAAUAGUGGUGCAUUGCUCUAUCUCCGCGGCCUCAAUUUCGGGUAUCUACGUCGCGAUUAAGAACAACGUCGAUGUCGAGUCCAUGAUCGAGAGGACUGGAUUGGAUAAUCUCGGCGAUAAAAUGCUCGAGAGGAUUGGAUUCGGCAAGGAUAAAUCUAAGGACAGCGGAAGCUCCGAUCAGCAUCCGGAGACGAUGAUGAGAACCGAUUCCGAAACGACGGCGGCGAAGGAGAAAAAUCGUACAAAAGAGCUGGCGGCGUCAAGCGGCAGCGCUCUCGCUCUGGCGAUCCUGCUGAACAAGGCUCUCAUUCCGGUCAGGAUUCCGAUCACCUUAGCUGUCACGCCGGCUGUGGCGCGGUUUCUCGCUAGGCGUAAGCUAAUGAAAAGCGAAGCAAGUGAAGUGGUAAAUGGGCAUUGGAUUGGAAGUGUGAGAGAAGGUGGGAACUUUAAUGGAGUUAAGGUAGGUAAGAGUAAUAUACAAGGCAAAGUAGUAGGAGUAUUUUUCUUCCCUUUCAUUUUGUUUUGUUUCCAAAAUAUUUAUGUUGGCAACAAGUUUGUUCAUAGGGGGGGACGACGUAGUGGUAGAGUGGAUCCUCUGAGGCCAAAUGUCAUGCGUUCGAAGCCUUCUAGCGCCUAUAGAUCUGAGCCUGAGAUUCGCACCAGUUUUCUUGAAAUUUACCCGUUCUGUGUGGUUUGCAUCAUUGCCCACAAAAGAUAACGUUGCGAACUUGGUUCUCAUGUGGUUUUACCCGUCCUAUUGUGGUGCAUCGUUGCGCACUUGGGUUUUCAUAUGGUUUACCCGUCCUUCUGUGUAGUGUGUAUCAGUGUAAAAAAUAACGGCUGCGGAUUUCCAUGAAUUUGAUAAUAAAAGAUGUGAAUUUUUGGGGGUUGCA